UUAGGAAUUUCUCAAGAACAUAAAAAGUUUAGAAUUCAAAUAGUUAAAGAAUUGAUUAAGGAAGCAACUCAAAACCCAUUAAAAAGAAAUACUCGUAAUGGAGAAAAUGGAGAGACAUCUGAAAAGAAAAAUGACAAUAAAAGAUUUCGUGUUUCUGACAUUUUUGAAUUACCAGCAACUAAAUUAAUUG